CCCCGACGGUGUAUCUACUGACCUCCGAAAGGUGGAAGCUGUUCGUAGCUUUCCUGUACCUACCACCCUGCGACAGUUGCGAGGAUUUCUGGGCCUAGCGUCUUACUAUCGAAGGUUCAUUCACGACUUUUCAAAGAUCGCUGCCCCACUUCAUCUUCUUCUUAAAAAGGACGUCAAGUAUCUAUGGUCGUCCAAACAGGAAACCGCUUUUCAGGCCUUAAAAGAAAAGCUCACCACGGCCCCUGUCCUUGCCUACCCUAAUUUUUCACAAGAGUUUUUGCUUUUCACGGACGCUUUGGGAAUCGCUCUUGGUGCAAUUCUUUCCCAGAGAGAUUUGCAAGGAAGAGAAAGG